AUGCUCCCACAUUCAGUUUUCGCAGUUUCGGAGGCCCAGCAGUCCUUUAAUUGUUCAUUUCUUUUUGGCUGGAAGAUCUAUGACCAGGAGGAUGGCUUCAAGAGACGUUUUGAUCAGGCCUCUCUUCUCUGCACCAUAAAUGCAGCAGUAAGCAUGGUUACAGGUCUGCUGAUCGCUAAUAGCUUGUAUGACAUGGACUUGAUAAGCACACGAACCACUGCACGUCUUAAAACCUGCAUUGCUCAUCAAACGGGCUCAUGUAUGGCAUUCUUUAGGGACUCUAAUCUGCUGCGGUUUUGGUGGAGCUUGUUGCUUGCCGUGCCUGUUUCCAAGUGUUAUAGCUUCAAAGCGUUGACAGAUCAUUUUGAGUCAUCGUCCAAAAGGUCUGCCCGUGGAUUUACGAGCAUGAGUGUCUAAAUAUGCGCCGAAUCAGAGCCUAUAGUCUUCGCCAUAUCGCUGCUUGUCAUGAUGGCCAAGGCUGUCGCACUCACUAACGUCAUUCGCCAGAACCUGCAGGCUGCUAAGUAUUCGUUUGACAAAGCAAGGCAUCAUGCUGAGACCCUGCUUUUUUGGUCCAAAGAACUUGCCAUAGAUUGGAGCACGAACGGCUACUGCUACCUGACGCAAGCAGCCGAGAGGAUUGGCCCUGCAGUUAUGGCUGAUACCCAAAAACUCAUUGAGCUGGCUCAAUGUUGA